AUGACUGUCCCAAACACAGACAAAGAUAAUCAACACAACCCCCCAAGGAAUGGAGGACGCAUCAUUUUAACGACAUAUCCGGGCCAAAGUGUCGUGGAUCCGAUACCUUUGGAAUGGGGCAAAAUCGACCCCCAAGAACGAGGCCCCGUUCUAGUCUCCCGCAGUUCGAAGACGAUGAGCAGGCGAAAUGCCAUCGGAGCGCAUGGUGGAAGUUAUUCAAUCUACAAUGCACUGGCGAUUGCAGCCGGUGAUCUUCCAUCAGACUUCAAACCCAGCUUCGAAAAUACUCAACCCAUCUUCAAUUUUCCUCCUCAACAAGCAUGGGGAGACAAGAAAAAAAUUGUUUCAAUGGAUCCAUUCGGUCAUAAUGUUGUGAAGCAUUUCAAAAAGCAUCUCGAUGACGGUCUAGACGUGAGACCAACCAUUGCCGUUACUAGGGCUACCAUGCGCUUGGCUGAGAUCAGCGACGCUGUGAAAGAGAACCGCCUCGAGGUCGACGGAGAUAUUGUCAUUAGCAAGGACGGGGAUGUACGUGUGACAAAGGCAGCUGUCGAACCUGUCUGGUAUCUCCCCGGUGUGGCUGAGCGAUUCGGGAUUGAUGAAGGCACUCUGCGUCGCACUCUCUUUGAACAGUGUGGUGGAAGUUUCCCAGAGCUCAUUACCCGACCGGAUAUUAAAGUCUUUCUACCCCCAAUCGGUGGUCUGACUGUCUAUAUAUUUGGUUCCCCGGAGAAGAUCUCCAAUCCAGAUGUCAAACUUGCCCUUCGCAUUCACGAUGAAUGUAACGGGUCAGACGUCUUCCAGUCUGACAUUUGCACCUGCAGACCCUACCUCGCCUUUGGUAUUGAAGAAGCAAUUAGGGAAGCCCAAAACGGUGGAUCUGGCGUUGUAAUUUAUUUCCGAAAAGAGGGACGAGCACUGGGUGAGGUUGUGAAAUAUCUGGUCUAUAAUGCGCGUAAACGUGGUGGUGAUACUGCGGACAAGUACUUUGCCCGUACCGAAAAUAUUGCAGGCGUGAGAGAUAUGCGUUUCCAGGCACUAAUGCCUGAUAUUCUUCAAUGGCUGGGUAUCAAGAAGAUCGAUCGCAUGCUGUCAAUGUCAAACAUGAAGCACGACGCGAUAGUACAACAGGGCAUCCCCAUUCUGGAGCGAAUUCCUAUUCCGGACCAUAUGAUUCCUCAAGACUCUCGUGUUGAAAUAGAUGCCAAGAUCAAUGCUGGUUAUUUCACUGUGGGGAAAAAGUACACAGAGGAAGAACUGGCGCAGGUCAAAGGGCGUGGAUGGCAGAACUGGGAAGAUGUUGAGCAUUAA